AAUGUAGAUUUUUGGUUGUAUAAAUUGAGUCUAUGGGUUGUCUUUCGGGAAUUAGAGUCCCUCCACAACAUCUCGAGUUAAGAGAUUGAAUAUCACCAUGCCAGAACACAUGAAGAAGAGAGUCGCCGUAAUAGGCGCCGGAGCUGCAGGAAUGUCCUGCGCAGUAACCCUCGCGAACCACCCCGACAAAUUCGACAUCACCAUUUUCGAAACAGCGCAACACGUCGGCGGCCAAGCCACAGCCAUCGACCUAGACAAAUCCAAAUACGACGCCAGCUGGCUCAACGACGGUGUCCAGGGCGGUUCGGGCAUAUUCCGGCACACAUUCAACUUCUUCCGACACUACGGCUAUGAGCCUCAGGAAGUGAAAUUGCAAAUCUCCUUCGGUAAAGGGCGGGAAAAUUUCUGGACAAAUGUCUUUCCCAGUCCACUUGUUGAUAGUUGUUCAGCCGAGAUCAAAAAAUUGGGGAGGGUAUUGAAAUGGAUCAAGUAUUCUUUGCCCCUUACGGGUAUAUUACCUGUUCAAUUGGUUCUUCGAUUGUGUCGAUUUAGUACCGAUUUUAGUAAUAAGAUGGUUCUACCGUUGUUGGCGCUAUUUUUGGGAACGGGGAAUCAAACACCCAAUGUGCCUAGUGCGUUGCUGGAACGGCUUUUUGAUGAUCCCAAUAUGAGUUUGUGGGAUUAUGAUCCGGAUACUCUCCUGCCUAAUCUGCCGACUAUGUAUACGUUUCCGAAUCUCGGGGCUUUUUAUCGUGAUUGGGCGGAGGAUUUGAGGUCAAAAGGGGUCAAGUUCAAGAUGCACUGUGAAGUGGAGAUUGUUCAGCGAGAUAAGAAGAAAGUUGUUCUUCGGACGAGAAGGAAUAAACUUGAUGAACAUUCACGGUCAAAGUCGAAUGUGACUAGGAUUCUGUCGGAGACGGAUUCUGCGGAAGAUGUGGAGGAGGAAUUUGAUGAACUUGUGCUGUGCACCCAGGCUGAAGAUACGUUGAAACUGCUCGGGAGACAUGCAACUUGGAAAGAGAGAUGGGUUCUGGGGGGCGCAAAAUACUACAACGAUAUCACGGUGACACACUCGGAUUCAAAAUACUUUCAGAGUAUCUUUGAAAGUAAAUAUCGCGAUGAACUGUGCGCUGAGCCAACAUCAACGAAACGGAAAGAUCAAAUCUCAUUUGCGACAAGUGAGCCGCAACGUCGCAAAGACGGAUGGAUUGGGUUCCAGCCCAUGUAUUAUACGCAUGCAUACCCGACACAUCUUGACAGGAUUGAAAUGGGAUUUGACUGUACAAAUUACCAAUAUCAGUUCCGUGAGGAUAUUGAGGAUGGGAGGCCGCCGCCGGAACACGACCGUCAUGUUUUCCAGACCAUAUUCUUGAAUGACGCCGAAAAGCAUCUGUGGACAAUCGACGAUAUCAACAAGGACAAAAUCAUCGAAAGAAAAUGGUGGCGUCAAUUAGGUCAUCGUUGGCAACAUUAUCUCCGCGUGAUUCCUGGGAUUAUGUUUAUCAAUGGGAAGAAUCGAACAUUGUUCGGUGGUAGUUGGACCUUAGUUAACAUGCAUGAAGUUGCUUGCGUUUCUGGUAUUGCUGCUGCGUAUCGUCUGGGGGCCGCUUAUGAUGCAUUCGACGAGUUUGCAACAGAUUUCUUUUCAAUGUAUCUGCUUCUCACUCAUGGUGUCCGAUACAAAGCUAGCAAGAAGUAAUCCUUUGAUAUCCUGAAUGAACUUGCUAGUUGGAUGUAGCCGUCGCAGGACCGUCUUCAUUCUCAUCACUCUUGUAAGCUGGUGACUUCUUUUGCUCGGUGUUAGGCCCGCCCACAGCCUCGCCAGGUAGGGGGAAACUUAAAUAUUUCCAAU